UAACAUUACACUCUUUCCUGUCGUAGCCAAAGCAACGGACCUCGCUGUCCUCCUCCCAGGACGUCCAGAAACCCCUGCAGAACCACAGCGGUGAUCCUUCGGAGGUCAGUUCAUCACUCGGCUACGCCAGUUUCACCACCAGCCCCCCUGCCAGCCCUCCCAUCAGCCCUGCCAACUGCUCCAUCGGAUCCGCCGAAGAGUACAGCGUCACUGAUGAGGCAGCGCACCAGAAGGAGUGCAUAGAGCGAGACGACCGAAGAAAUAGCCACGUUCCCGAGCAGUUCGCCGGCCUCCUCCACGGCUCGUCUCCUGCCUGUGAAUCCCCUGACAACCCUUAUCAACUCUACGGAAAAGUGCGAAAGUUCAGUGUUCCUGAGCCUCCGCUCCGGCACGGGAAUUUUCUCAGAGCUCCUGAGUACUCGCCCCCAUUUCCUCGCACCGGCAGCGAGGCGUCUGCCCUGAAGACCCAGAAAGAACCAAAACCGCAGAUAGUCUACAGGACGAUUUUUCACACCCGGGUCAACCAGGGCCCGGUAACUCUCACUGAAUCAGGCAACAAGAGCACCGGGGUGCAUGUGAGCAACGGGGAGGUCCGGAGCAAAAGCACAGGCAGCUCUAGCCCAGCAAGCAGCAAUACCGGCUACGAGGAAAGAGCCUGCACUCUUGGGAGGAUGAGGUCCAUGCCUAAAAAUGUUUUGGACCUUCAGCUGUCCAGAAAUUUCUCCAAAUCAGACUCGAACUUGGUGGCCGUGUCUCCUAUCGAGGAGGAGCAGUGGAGUGCCAGGGGGCAGAACAGCCCCGGUAAAAGCAGCCCCAACAGACUAGAGAGAACCCCCUCCUUUACAGCAGAGUGGGAAGAGAUUGACAAGAUUAUGAGCUCCAUAGGUGCUGGAAUUGGCACAGAGUUGGAGGGGAUUACGGAGGAUCACUCAGGCCCCCGCUGCCCCGUCCAGUCCGUGGGACAGUGGCUGGACAACAUCGGUCUCGUGCAGUACGAAAACCACCUGCUGUCUAACGGCUUCGACAACGUUCAGUUUAUGGGUAGUAAUGUCGUGGAGGACCAGGACCUGCUAGAGAUCGGGAUUUUAAACUCUGCCCACAGACAGCGAUUUCUUCAGGCUAUUCGCCUGCUCCCCAGGGUGCGGCCCAUCGGUUACGAUGGAAAUAACCCCACCUCAGUGGCAGAAUGGCUGGAGUCUCUGGAGCUGGGAGACUAUACCAAGUCUUUCCUCAUCAACGGCUACACCUCCAUGGAGCUGGUCAAGAAGAUCUGGGAGAUCGAGCUCAUUAAUGUAAGUCCUGCUUUACCUCACUUCCUGUCUUCUGAAGUUCUGAUGAAACUGAGUUCUAAAAGAUUCAUUUGGGUUUGAAUUGGAAGGGUUACAGUCAAGUGAAAUAUCAGGGAAAUAAAAUAAAAAACAUAACUGGGGAAAUUGUGAAUAAAUCUUAAAUGUUUUGAUUAUAUAUUACUGUAUAAUAAUAUUUUAUUGCACUCAGUGUAAAAUGACUUCACACACAUAUAUAUAUGUUAUGUGAAUGUGUGAACCCUUUAUUUAAACACACACACAGUGUAUUUAACCAUAUAUUCUGUUAUUGUUGUGUUAGUGCUGUUGGAAUGAAGCUGUCUUUUGAAACAAGAUUUGCUAGAGGACCUUUGAAAUGACAACCAGAGGUUGAGACAUCGUUCUGACAUCCUAUUGGCCGAUUUGUCAUAAUAGAGUUUCGGCUGGCUCUGAAUCUUGCCUGUAAUUGUGUUUGUUUGAUAAACAAUCCUGUCCGAUCUGUCUUGCUUUCGACUGCAGCGAAACCACAGAUAUAAUAGUAGCAUCUCUGGUAUGACACUAAACAAGAAGAAAUUUCAGGGCAACUUGAUCUGUUUUUGAGCGUAGCCUGCAUGUUUGGGAAGUAGCCUAUUUUAACUUUCUAAAUGUCUGCAGACUGCUAUUGAUGCAAUCGAUUGAUCUCUCUGGAGUUUAUCAGCCAAAUAAAGGCUUUUUGUUUUACUUGUAAUUCAAUAGUUAUUCCUGAAGCCCAUGUGGUUAAACAGAAAUAGUGAAUGCUUGCUGGAUUUUUUUCCCGUGUUUGAUAAAGAUAGAUGGGAUGUUUGAUGACAGUGAGAUCACGUGAUGUGUUGCUUUAACAGAUAUGGUGUUAAAUGACUCUAAUUACAGCCUCACGUAUGCUAAUUUCACUCACUUUCAGCCGAGGGAGGGAAAGAGAAAAGGAAUGAGCAGAUUAUAUAAUAAUGUGGGAUGUGAUUUCUUUAGCUCUCUCAAAAAAAAAAAAAAAAAAAAAAAAAA